AUGAUGCGAUCGGCGAGGCAAAUCGAUGAGGAGCAGGCCAUCAUCGAUUACGGGAGGGGAGAUGCGGCGCUGGACGUGGUGAGGGACAACAAAAAGCGGAUCAUGUACAUCGUCGUCGGCUUGGGCGUGGCCGCCGCCGUUGUCGCAUGCCUGGUCCUCGGCAUCAUGUGGGCCGUCGAUGAAGGCAGCGACACCGACCACCCAGCCACACCCAGCCCCGGUCCCAACGCCGCCUACAUCAAGGUGCAGAAGGCGGCGAUCGCCACCGAGAACGCCCAGUGCUCUAUCAUCGGCCAGCAGAUCAUGAAGGACAAGGGCGGCAACGCCGUGGACGCGGCCAUCGCGAGCAAUCUCUGUAUCGGCGUUCUCCACAACUUUGCAUCGGGCAUCGGCGGCGGAGGCGUCAUGCUGAUCCGCAUGAAUGACAGCCGGUCGGUAAUGCUGGACUUCCGGGAGGUCGCGCCGGCAGCCGCCAAGGUGGACAUGUUCGUCGGCAAACCGGGCCUCAGCACGGUGGGCGGUAUGGCCGUGGCCGUCCCCGGCGAGCUGGCCGGUCUCGAGUACGCCUGGCUCAACUACGGCUCGGGCAACGUGGAGUGGCAGGACCUUGUCGAGCCUUCGGUCGAACUUGCUCUUAAUUUUACCGUUGGGGAUCUGCUCGCCAAGCGGAUCGCGUCCUAUCUUCCGGCGAUUUUGAACGACACUGGCCUGAGCUCCGUCUAUGCGCCGAAGGGGGUGGCCCUCAAGGCCGGUGAAUUGCACCUGGCGGAGACGCUUCAGACGGUGGCUAACGAGGGUGCCCGGACCUUUUACGACCCGAGCUCGGCGCUGGCGCAGAACCUGGUGAAGGACAUCCAGGCCAAGGGCGGCAUCAUCACCCUAGAGGACCUCUCGAGCUACUACCACAACUUCACCGUCAAGGUCCGAGAGCCGGUCAGCUCGUUCUACCAGGGCUACGAGGUGAUCAGCUCGGCGCCGCCGUUUGGCGGCCUGUGCGUGCUGCAGGCCCUCAACCUGCUCGAGCUCUACAACCUGCCCCUGAUGGGCCAAAAUGAGGAAACGUACCACCUGCUGGCCGAGGCCCUCAACUUUGCCUUCGCCGACCGGAUGGCCCUGGGCGAUCCGGCCUUCGUGAACCUGACCAAGGCCAUUCCCGCCAUGAUGGGCAAGGAGCACGCCAGCCGCCUGCGCAGCAAGAUCAAGCUCAACGCCACGUUCCCCUACCAGUACUACGAGGACCUGGUCAAUUUCACGGCGCCCAUCGAAGACGCCGGGACCACCCACCUCUCCGUCAUCGAUUCUCAGCGGAACGCCGUCUCGCUCACCUCCACCGUCAACCUGGUGUUCGGAGCCAAGUUCCUCUCGACCUCUACAGGCGUGGUGCUCAACAACCAGAUGGACGACUUCUCGACGCCCAACACGUCCAAUGCCUUCAACCUGCCUCCGUCCGAGGCCAACUUCAUCGUGCCCGGCAAGCGGCCGCUGUCGUCGAUGUCGCCGACCAUCGUCACGAAGAACGGGCAGGUCUACCUGGUAGUGGGCGCCUCGGGCGGCUCCCGCAUCAUCACCUCCACCCUCCAGGCUCUGCUGGGGGUGGUGGCCUACAAGCAAGACGUGUGGAAGGCGGUCUCGUCGCCGCGCCUCCACAACCAGCUCCUGCCGCCCUUCGUCUACACGGAGGCCGCCUUCUCGCCGGCCAUCACCGCCUACCUCAAGAAGAUCGGACACGACAUGGCGUUCAUGGAGGAGGUGGGCGUGGUGGCUGCGGUACAACUGGGGGACGACGGCUACCUCUACGCCGCGUCGGACCCGCGAAAGCUGGGCCGUCCCGCUGGCUUCUGA